AUGGACAUCCAGAAAAGAAAUCGCCCUAUUGUAGGGCAAGCUCCCAAACCAAUGCCGGUCUUGCCCCACGAGAUCAUGGACAUGAUUUUCCAGUCUCUGGAGAUUUCAGUCUCAUUCGAAGAGUCCAUUGAUACAGCUCGACCAGAAUGGCAUAUAUCUGGAAGGGUACAAACAUCAUUUCAAGUCAACAAAGCGAGGCUUUUGGAAAUCCUUCACCGUCAUUGGGCCUUAAUUUCUCUUGUAUCACAAUUUUGGCACAAAGCUGUCAUAGAUAGACGAUCCAAGUUUCCAACUACCAUCAAAUCUUCUUCGGCUUCUACCCAGUCGACCCCCAUCCUAGCCCGCCACAAACGCAAGAAAAUUGCCAACAUAUCAGCUCAGAUAGAUGGAGAUCAUGUGUUCUCGAAUAUUUGCACUCUCAAUGCUUGCCAUCCCCUAGAAUCUAUUACUCUUUACCAAGUUGGUCAAGGAUUACAGCCUUUUGACCAAUCUUGGGAUUCUCUCUCGCAAGUUAAGCAUUUGAGGGAACUCAGAAUCUAUCAACCUUUAUCGAUGCCCUUGUCAUCAGUCUUCAAGCUAUUAUACUCUUGCUUGAAUCUCCAAGUGCUCAAACUUUACUCCUUCGAAGAUGCACCGUCGCCGCAACCGCCAAACCGACCGAUCGGCAAUUUUCCGGGGGUGGAUGAAGAGAAGAUGCCCAGCACGCUCAAGCAACUAACAUGCCAUUUUCCCUUACCCUGGCAUCCGAGCCAAUCUUGCCACUCGCUGGCUAGUCUACUCAGCAGGGGAAUUUCUUCUCUGAAAGUCUUGACCUUGGUAUUCGAAAACAUAUACUCGGACUCGGAUCAAGAAUUAAACGACAUCGAAAAUGAAGAGGACCAGCUAGGUAACCAAGAUUCAAGAGCUGAAGGAUUGCGGGAGGCUUUCAGAAACUGUCGAAAUCUGCAAACUCUCCGACUUGCUGCUCCCGCCGAAAUGUUCAGUUUACCGUUCGUCGACCCAAUCAUCAAUAAUCUUCAGGCUUUAGAACAUUUGCAUCUGAAGGGAAAUUUGUUUAGUCCACUUUUAUUUACGACAAAUAUGCUUCCCAAGACACUCAAGACCAUCGAUUGUCAAGCUUAUUCGAGCCCCAUUCUGCCCUUACUCAGAGCGGUUCGAAAUUCUCUGAGCUAUCUCACAAAUCUUCAAUCUCUAACCAUCACCACCUACCGACGCAAACCGAGAAACUUUGCUGAAGCCCUCUAUGGUCAAUUGGACCUUCCCCUUCCCACGGAAGAAGAAACCAGGGACGAGCCCUUAUCUUGGGAUCUUACUCCAACCGAAGCACUAGUAGAGCAAAGAUUGUUGAUUCAAGAAUGCCAACUUCGAUCUAUUAAAAUCGAUGGACCGAGACCUUAUGCUCAUCCCAUUCACAAAAACUAG